AUGAAUGUGACUCAAAAAAAAGGUCCUCCAACGCCGUCAAGCGGCCGACCUGGAUCAUCUGCGUCAAUGGAUUGUACGCAAGUGCGACCAAAACAAAUACGGAAACGACGACGAGACGGCGACAGUGGGAAUGGAAACAACAGUGUUGAUGAAGACCAAUUUGUGCGCACUCCGAUGAUGGGUGAUGUGUAUGCGAGUCAGUUGACAACACAGCUGGAACGAGACGUGUACGAUAUUGUGGAUCAUCUAUUGACACAAGUGGUGAUCAUGGUUGAUGGUGCAGAAGUGGCGCGUAAAAGUGGUAUGCUGAAACGAUUGUUAGAGUCACAUCCCGCGAAACCGUACAAUAAUCAUCGAAAUGCGUACUCAGCAGGAUAUGAAGGGCAUGGUUGGUUUCAUUGA